CAUUUGUUGGCAUAAAUUAGUUUUGUUCGCAAACGAUUUGUUUCAAAUUGAAUCUUUUUAGUGAACGAACUGACCUGAAUCAGUUUAUGAAAGGAUUAAGUUCUUUUUACGUGGCCAUUGUCCACCGCGGUGAUGUGAUUGAGUCACUUAGGAAUGGAAACGGAACUGUAGAAGCAUUCUGUCACUCCUUAAUAUUUGGCGAAUGGAGCAUGCAUGCGCGGGUGGGACUGAUUUGCGAUUUGCCAGAGAUGUCACUCACUUCAGCGAAUGACCAAUGAGCAGCCAGCUUCAGGGAGCGCUGUGCAGCAGAGGAAGGACUUCAGUGAACUUACUGAUUCAUUCAGUGAAUUGGUGUACUGAGGAACUCAAGAGUGAUUCGUUUGUCAUCCGCGAACUGUACAAGGACAAUGAGUGAUUCGUUUGCCAGGGGAAUGAUUUACUACGCAGUGAGCAUACUGGGGAAGAUGAAGUCCUUCCUACUUCCGCAAUAGGGGCGGUCCCAUCAACAUUGGUCCAGUACUGUAGACGCAUACAGUACUCGAUGGCUCGUCCCUGUUACAUUUCAAAACUACGAAAACAAGCUCCUCAUGACCGUACCAGUGUGUUUUACAGUUAUUGUUAUUGUCCAAAACGUCACUUUCACAAAUGGAAUCGUCGGCGCUCAAUGGAUGUCUGCACAAGGGAGACUACGAGGGAGACAACUUUAGGCUCCACAUGGUGACAUGGAAUGUAGCUACUGCUGAUCCUCCAGAUGACUUGAGCUCACUUCUCCAUUUAGAUUCUUCAGAGGCUGCAGACCUCUACGUGAUUGGCCUCCAGGAGGUGUACUCUGGGCCGUUGAGAUUCAUGUCGGAUGUUCUAUUUGAUGACCCUUGGAGCUAUGUGCUAAUGACUGCCUUAGCACCAAGGCAAUUUGUGAAGGUGUCCUCUAUCAGAAUGCAAGGUCUGUUGCUGCUGCUCUUCUCCAAACUGGAGCAUCUCCCUUUCAUCCGAGACAUCCAAGCCACAUACACACGGACUGGCAUCUUUGGCUAUUGGGGCAACAAAGGUGCCGUGUCCAUUCGUCUGUCUCUCUAUGGCCACUCGAUUUGUUUCCUCAACUGUCACCUAGCUGCACACAUGAAACAUGCUGCCGAGCGUGUGGUUGAAUUUGAGUACAUUACCGACACGCAGACGUUCAACUGUGAAAAGGCUGAGAGAAUUCUUGACCACAGGCUAGUGUUCUGGUUUGGAGAUCUCAACUUUCGAAUUCAGGACCAUGGAAUGCACUUUGUCCGAACAUGUAUCAGCAAUCAAAACUACAGCUUGCUGUGGAGCAAAGACCAGCUGAUCAUGAUGAAGCAAAAAGAGAAGUUGCUGCAAGAGUUUGAGGAAGGACCCCUCGACUUUCAGCCCACAUACAAGUUCGACAUUAACACAGAUACCUAUGACAGCAGGCUCUGCCGGACAUGGUUUGCCUUUAACAGUAAGAAGCGCAAACCCGCUUGGACGGACAGAAUAUUGUGGCGCCUAAGACUUACAGUGCUGCACACUGACAAGCAAGACAAAUAUGGCGACGGACUGGAUGCACAAGAGCCCGAGCAACUAGAAAAAUCUGAAGACUACCCCUUAGAGAUCAGGCAGGACCUGUACACUACCAACAUGGAGUACAGCAUCAGUGACCACAAACCUGUCACUGGUAUCUUCACAAUGAGGUUGAAGAAGAUGUACAUGACUCCACUGGUGCGCCUGCAGGCUGAAGGUGAAUGGAGCGCAGACAUUGAUGCCACGUUGCUUUACAGCCCGCUGCAGCCAUUCCCUUCCAGUACAUGGGACUGGAUUGGAUUGUAUAAGGUUGGCUUCACUAGUGUGUUAGACUACAUCACAUAUACUUGGGUCAAAGAUGAUGUAUUGUCCAUUAACGAAGACGCCAUUAAGGUAUACGUGAGUAAAGAGGAGAUCCCAGUGCAAGGAGGAGACUGUAUGCUGGGCUACUACUGUAAUACUCUGCAAUGCAUUAUUGGAAUUAGUGAAACAUUCAAGGUGCACGAGUCCAAGGUGGCCAUCGAGGAGGGUUUACUGCAUGACAAGAUCAACAGUCUGGAUGAAAUUGUUGCAACUGAUAACCUUCCUAACUGAGAGAUUAGAUUUUGGUCUGCUUUAGCAGAAACAAGCAAAGCAAUCGGUACAUUCUUUAUCAUAUUGUUACUUUGCUCCACUGCCCCAACAGCAGCGAUCAGUCAACUGCGUGUGUGAGAUGGCAUCAUGAUUUAGUCAUGCUUUGAUGUAACAGUGUGUUGUGGUCAUGAAGGGUGCUUGCAAAACAAAACAGCGGAUGAGAAGUCAAGCACAGCCCAGUAUGUUGGAUGCUAUUCUGCGAAGGGCACUUGUAUUAAGAGUGUAAAAGUAAAAUUCUUCUGCAAGUUUUCCUUUGCUUCUAUACAGUGAAAAUAGGUCAGUACGCAAGCUAGUCUAUGAUUUUAUGCUAUUAAUUAGCUUGUUUGUUGUAAAGAUGGCAGAAUGCUGGAGUAGGUGAUGGAUUGCACAUUUCUGUUUGGUGGCUACAAGUUUACCUAUACUUUCUAGUUUUUAUUAUCAUCAUGCUCUUUGUUUCCUUGUGUUUUCAAAAGCAACACAUAGUAUUAACUUAAUGGGAAUCCAUUGUGUACUGUAUUGUAUUUCGGAUGCGCCGAAGAUUGCGAUUGGUUUGUUGAUCGACUGUCCUUAUCUCAUUUAAAUUUUUUCAUUGGCGUUCAUUGUAUCAAAU